AGAUGAGCUCCCGUAUGGAGGAUGAGGGUAUCGAGCCAAAGUUUGAUGAUAUCCUGAAACUGGUAAAUACUAGUGUCAAUGAAUCUAUGAGCAAGUUUGUCAGUCUAUUACAUCUCACCCCUAGAAUAGAGCAGUCUGAGAUCAAAAUGCAAUCAUUGAUGACGAGUAGGCCUCAGAGAGGUGGAUAUCGAGAAGGCUCCAUGAUGUCUAGUAAUGCAUAUAGACCUAGUGAGUGUAACAGGUUUCGUAGUACAUCCUCAACAGAUAAGUUACAAGAUACAAGACAAACACGGUUGUGCUUGACACGUGUGCAAGAGGUGCAUACAGAAGUGAACUGUGAACCGGUGAGCAAGUUCAGUGAUAAGCUAAAUGUAAACUCCAGGUCUGACUCCAAAUUGUGUGACGAUAACGGUGUUGUGAAAAAGUCUGUAGUUGCAACUGGUAAGCCGUUGUUGAAUAGAGUGUCACAGAAUAGAGUUACUGCUUCAGAGUGGAGUUCUGACUCCACAAGUUUACAAAGUAUAACUAGUCAGAGUGAAGAUAUAAAAC